CUAAGGGGAGGGUGCUUCCUCGUUUAGCGGGGUCAGAGUUCAGUACAUGUUGGUGAUGAUGUCAUGUUCUGAAGAUGGCUGAAGGGGAAGGCUGGUGGGGUGGCUGGCUUCAACAAAGUUUCCAGGCCGUCAAAGAAAAAUCAUCCGAAGCUUAUGAGUUUAUAAAGCGCGACCUGACAGAGUUUUCCAAUGUGGUGCAACAUGACACUGCUUGCUCCAUUGUCGCCACAGCAAGUGCUGUUAGAAGCAAACUAGCGGUGGAGGGAUCCUCUGACACCACAGAGAAGGUGAAGAAGAGCCUGUCUAGUUUCUUAGGAGUGAUAACAGACACCCUUGCCCCCCCUCCAGACAUGACCAUCGACUGUGAUGUCAUUACGCUAGUUGCAACCCCGGCAGGUACCACGGAGGUGUAUGACAGCACCAAGGCUCGCCUCUACAGUCUCCAGGCUGACCCGGCAACAUACUGUAAUGAGCCUGACGGUCCCCCAGAGCAGUUUGAUGCUUGGCUCUCCAGAUUCAGUCUGGAGGAGAGAAAAGGAGAGAUCUCUGACCUCCUGGUCAGCACGCCCUCUAUCAGGGCCCUUUACACUAAAAUGGUGCCAGCAGCUGUAGCGCAUUCUGAAUUCUGGCAACGGUAUUUCUACAAAGUCUUUCAGUUGGACCAGGAGGAGGCAAGGAGAGUGGCUCUGAAGCAGAGAGCAGAGCAGACCACUCACACAGAGGCCCUGGGCUGGGAAGAGGAGGAUGAAGAUGACGUCCUUGGAUCUGCGUCUUCAUCUCAUUUGGACUUCACGCCGCCAUCGGAUGACCCCGCGACCAAGCUUGCCCCACUCCCGCCAGUCACCAUGGCAACAACCCCGCUCAGCCCUGUCCAAUCUCCAAGCGGGGAGCGCUCGUCCACCCUCUCCCUGAGCAGUGACAGUGGAAGCAUGCCCACCCAGGUAGAGGUGACACCGGCUAAACCGCAGCCUGUCGUCGGAAAGCUGGCCCAGAAACUAAACGAGGCCAGCCUGGAGGACAGGGAGCCGGAGGGGCGACCUGAGGUCCAGGUAGAAGCUCCGGCCAAGCCUGACCCCACCGAGGCAACAGCUGACAGAGUUCAGGUCCCAGCACCCCCCACCAGAGCGGAGACAGAGGGGCCCCAGGACCUGAGGGUAUUUGAGCUCAACUCGGACAGCGGGAAGUCUACACCUUCAAACAAUGGCAAGAAAGGGUCCAGCACAGAUGUCAGUGAGGACUGGGAGAAGGACUUUGACCUGGACAUGACUGAAGAGGAGGUCCAAAUGGCUCUGUCAAGAGUGGACGCUACAGGAGAGCUGGAAGAAGACUGGGAGAACUGGGACUGACACUUGCUAUGCCGACGCAGUCGUGUUUCUGUCCCGCCAUUAAAGGCAGUUCUCAGCAGACAAACCAUGCUUAAUGUGUUUUAACUCUUUGUCCACGCCGUCACCCAUAUCAUGUUGUUCGUAGGAGAAUGUCUGAUGGCCUUGGACCUUGUUGCUGAGGGCGCUAGCCGAGCAAUGGGAAUCCAUGGCAAUAUGAUCAGCUAAGUCACCAUCAACAGUCAUUUUGUAGGUACCGGUCUCAAUGCUGUCUUGUUGGUCAUUUCUUGGAACAACUCCUAUGAGAAUAUGAAACUAGUUCAGUUUCAUAUAACUAAUGCUAAGUGACAUGUGUAAGCUAAUUGGAAUGAUAAAAGGUUGGCCUCGUAAGGGGAUCUAGUGAUAUUUCUAUCUUCUGAAAUGCCAUUUAGUACAUUGUUAAUGUUACCAGUGUACUUCCUAAAAAUUAUGACCGGGGUAAUCAUUACUUUACUUUUGGCUGCUGACUAGCCAUGGACUUAUGCGCUGCUUAUCACCUUUCAUAUGAUGGAAUUCUUCUUGAAUGGUGAAUAUUGUUUUCCCCUUCAAGUGAUUUACUAGCUUGUCUAUAUUAUGCAAGUGGAUAUUCAAAAUGGAUCGUACCUUACCAUAGAGAACGUUUUGGAUUUGCUCACAAGUUUAGAUCCAUUGCCUUUGACAGAUACACAAUCGUGUGGAAAAGAUAUCCAAAUGUUUGGUCACACAAGACCAUAAUCUAACUAUAAACACAACCAAUACGUGGUGUACAUUUUACUAUUUAUGUUUUUCUUUUUCUUUUUGUCCCAGCCCUGCUAAUUACAUGUGAACGUUGACCUCCACAGGCCACUUUACCUCUUUAUUUUCUGGUACAUGAAUGUUAAAAUCAAUGAUUCUGUCGGCUCACGUUGUCUAUAAUUAUUCUCUCUGGGAAGGGAAGGUAAUUAUAAUGCAAUAAAAAAAAAAAAAAGCUGCAAAAUGUUUCAGGUGUCGUGGUGCCAGAGUAUACAGCUUGGAUUUCUGAGAGGGGUAUGGUAUGUUUCAAUGUUAUUUUACGUCCCAGACGGCCACAGCCUGCUUUGCUUAGCAAUGCUUAGUGGAGUUAAGUGUGCUGGCGAGAAUCAAGAGGGCUUUGUCUGCUUGGUGUAUGUACUGAAACAAUAUAGACUAGCUUCAUUCUGCAGUGUUGCUUCAUACCGUUCUGAAUUUUACUGUCAUAAUUGUUGUCUUCUUCAGUGUAAAUAGUGACCAAGAAUCAAUGAAUAUAGUCUACAGAUCUCUACAAUGACUGAUUUUCAUUUGAAUAUAAUUAGCCUUACUCUGUAUUGUUUUGCAUGUUAGCACAAUCACAUAUGCGUAUUGCUUUUCAGCAGGUGUAUUGUUUUGAGUUGUAUGUUUCUGGUAAAAGGCCUCCCACCAUUCUAGCUUAUUGAAAGAGUUCUCUGUUUAUAAUGACUUAUAUGUUGCAUGUCUCAAGUUCUCACUUUUCAUGUAUUUUACUUUAAUAGCUAUAUAUAUUUGCACUUUAAACAUCAAUGUUUAAAGCUGUUAAUUUUUUAGGCAAUUAUAUUUUCUUCUAUUUUUCAAAUGAGCAUUGUCAUUAAAAACUAUCAUGCAAAUUAA